AUGAACCCACUGAAAUGCGCCUUUGGAAUGUCUACCAGGAAAUUUCUAAGAUUUCUGGUCCAUAGUAGAGGGAUAGAUGUGGAUCCAGCCAAGGCAAUGGCAAUAGCAACCAAGAAGCCAUCAACCACAGUCAAGGAGUUGAAAAAUUUCCUGGGCAAAGUCUCCUACAUCAAGAGGUUUAUCCCUAGUUUAGCAUCAAUCACUUCAGCUUUUACGAAGUUACUAAAGAAAGGACAAGACUUUGAGUGGGGCAGAAACAAAGCAGAUAGUUUUCCAAAAGCUAUAGGAGAUUAUGAUGAACCUCCCCACAGUGCAAACCUCAAUCCGCAGGAAAUUGUUGCUGCUUUACCUAGCCUCAAGCUCGUCUGCCAUUUGGGCUUUGAUAGCCUAGGAGGACGAAGGCGGCAUUGA